AUGGGUUCUGAAAACGGCCAUAGCGGCCAAUUCCGCGCGCCGCACCUUCCCCCUUCUUCCCUAAGCGCUUCGUCUAGUACGCCCUCUUCUAUUUCUGCUGCUGCUGCUCCUCCUCCUGCUUCCACCGCCGCAAACUCCGCGACCGGCAGCAGCGGUGUCUGGGGGGCGGACAUGCAUCCGUCCGCGGGGGAGUUUCUCCCCCAGUCGUUCUCCUCCCAUCACUCCGCGCUUCCGGUGGCGGCCUUCCCCGCGCCCCUCGCCGCGCGGAUGUUCCCCGCGCAGUCCAUCCACCGCCCUGACUUCACGCAAUCAGACCGCUACUACCCCGCCGCCGCGAGCCGCUGGGGCGGCGGCGCGUUUGCGUCCGGCGACGAUUACUACGACGGAAUCGCGGAGGAGAACGAGGGCGAAUGGGCUGAAGACGCUCUAGACACGUACAUCGAGGGCCUGGAUAACCGCGACGGCGGCGCGCUCGGUCCCGGGUACUACUACGACGGGCCUGUCGGCGGUGGCGGUGCUGCUUGUAACGAGGACAUGGAGCUUGAACCCCCUGCUGCGGCGACGUUCAACUGGACCCGUGAGUCUGAGUCCCGUAGGGACCUCCUGCCGCCGUCCGAUUCCCGUCCGAUUCGCGCUGCCACUGCUCGAUUGGUGGUUCGUUGUUCAAUUCCCCUUGUCGAUUGUCCCCUUCUUUUCGACUUCCACGGUCUUUCAGCUCUUUCCCUUCGGUCUCUUGGUCCCUUCGACCGUUCGUUCCCAAGCCAUGCCUCGUUUCUCUUCUCCGUCCCUCGAUCCCGCGGUUUUCCCCUCCGGGGCAGAGAUCGAGGAGUCGUGUUAGCGCAUGGAGGAACAGCACAUGCGCAUCAUGGAGGUCGACCUCACCUGCCCCCUUCAGUCGUGACCCCGCCCCCUGCCCUCUUGCUCUCCCGCUCCCUCCAUCCAGGUGUCGCUUCGAGCUGUCCGUCCCUUCCUCCCUUCAGCCGUGCCCAAUCUCUCCUCUUUCUUUCCCUCCAUCUUUCUUGUCUCUCCACUCGAGCAGAGAUCGAGGAGUCGUGUCAGCGCAUGGAGGAGCAGCACAUGCGCAUCAUGGAGGUCGACCUCACCUGCAUCGGCGACGGCAACGGCGGCGAGCAGUGGCAGCAGCAGCAGCUGCUGCUUCUGCUGGUGUGA